UAUAAGAGUACUAGUACGGCUAAAAAGGGCAUCACGCAGCAUGUUAGUAAGGCGACUAGCUUUAUUAAACAAUGUUGUUGACCCCCACUCGUGAGAUUACUAUCUGAUAUUUCCCUCAUACUCCAAGCUUAUAGCUGAAUGAAGGUAAUGGUCUUUAAAUUUCUGCAUUCUGUUACCUCCGCCGUCCACUAGGUUCUCUCCAAUCAAGAAGAGUUUGCUGCUAACCAGCCUUUACACUACUGCUUCAGACUCUGGAUAAUGAGACUAACGUAUGCCAUGGGGCUAGUCGAAAAUGCCGUUCAAGGCGGUCAACGUCGGUCCAACUUACGAAUCGUCGAAGCUAAGACAAGCUAUAUAAAUACUGAAGAAAAGAGCACGCGACAUGGAAUUGUUUCCAUCCGAGUAAUAGAUAAACCGACAAUAUAAAAAUGGCAACUUCAACAACAUACACCACGAAGCAAUGGAUUCUCGCCUCGAAACCAUCAGGUGCUCCAGUGCUCUCCGGACCCGAUGCGACUUUCAAGCUGCAGAACGUGGUAAUACCACCAUUAAAAGAAGGCCAGAUAUUGUGUAAAGUGCUAUACUUCUCCAACGAUACCGGUCUCCGCAACUUUAUCCAGAGUAGAGUCGCCCCCGAACGCUUCUACGUACCUACCGUUCCCGUAGGCUCGCCAAUGCGCUCUGGCAUCAUUGCUGAAGUCCUCGAAUCCGCGUCUCCGACUUAUAAACCCGGUGAUCUAGUCAUGGAUUUCCACCUGGGCACGUGGAGCGAGCUUGUAACAUUAGAUGCGGCAAAUUCUCAGCCCUUAAGUCCGCUACCUAAUAACCUACCGCUUACACAUUACCUCGGCGCCUUCGGGGCGUCUGGACUAGCAGCUUAUUCUGGGUUAGUCUACGCCGGAGGCGCGAAGGCCGGCGACACGAUCGUCAUCUCCGCGGCAGCAGGCGCCACGGGGUCCAUGGCGGUACAAAUCGCAGUCCAACUCCUGGGCGCGAAGAAAGUAAUUGGGAUUGCGGGGUCCGAUGAAAAGUGCGCGUGGGUGCGGGACCAUCUCGGCGCGCAUGAAUGUAUCAACUAUAAGAGCUCGACUUUCCUUGAGGAUCUAAAAGCUGUGACUCCGGACGAAGUCGAUGUAUACUUCGAUAACGUGGGAGGCGAUGUGUUGGAUGCGAUGCUAACGCGUGUCAAACGCCACGGGACGAUCGCUGUGUGCGGUCAUGUUAGUGGAUAUAACUCCGAUGAGGCGAUGGGGUUGAAGAAUUGGUUCGAGAUUGUGUCGUCGCGGAUCACGAUUCGGGGGUUUAUUAUGCUGGAUUAUCUGGAUAAGGCGCCGGCUAUUCUGCAGGAGCUUAUUGGUGCUGCGGCAGAUGGUAGGAUUAAGUUGCAAGAUGGCGAGACGGUUGUUGAAGCGAGGAUCGAGGAACAGCCAGAGAUUUGGAUGAGGUUGUUUAGUGGUGGGAACCAAGGGAAAUUACUUACUAAACUAAUAGUAUAGAAAAUCUUAUAAAACUUGCAUUUAAUAAUUGGCUUUCAUACAGCUCUUAACAUACUAAGACGUAAUGUCCUAACUCCGAUAUAUCUGGUACCUUUGUUUUCACCUAUUCCGUAUUUCCUAUGGUAUUGUAUAGAAUUACUUGUUAUUUCGAGUUAAAAACCAACAGUGUCUUGUUGAAUUUUACGUGGUAUAGGUUGUUAGGCUAAAUUGCGAUUGAGUUAAUUUUUGCUUUCAAUACUCGGAUUGACGUUAAAAUGAAGAAAUAUUCAGCUUGGUAUGAAGAGAAAGUUGAGUUUGAUAACUCGCAAUAGUCAUAUGUCUAAAGUUGAGAAGGUCAAUCACA